CCUGUAUGAAGCGCACAGACGGACACAGUGUGGAAGAGGCUGCGCGUAAAAAAGCGCGUCCUCGUUUAUCCGGUAACAUUCGCGUCAGUUUCACAUCUCCGUGUGUGAGCACAGUCUGAGACCACAACCCGGGAUGUGAAGAGGAGCGCCCUGCACGCGGAUAUAUCAGCUUUUCAAAUCCAUAAUCUUGCCAUCUACUUUUUUUGUCUUACAUUUUAUUCACAGAAUAACCGGAUUGUAUUUUUGUCCUGUUCGGUUUUGUUUAGUUUCCAUUCCCGCCCGCGGUGUGUGGAGAUCAACUCUCUGCCUCGGUUUAACGGACACACAGCGGAGCAUCCCCGGAUACUUUCCUUGGAAAUCUCUGCAUGUGUGUUCAAGAAAAUCAACUUGAAAAGUUCUCUACAUGGGAUGACGCACUGACGCAGCUGAAGUGGAGAUCUUUAUUAUUCGAUUACAUGGCUUCCCCUUGACUUACAACCAUCGGCCCCUCGGCAUCUCCUCUAACUGGGGAAUACUCUUCUUCUCAAUGGUUCACCACAGAAACACCCUUUUGCCGUCUCUCACUCUGUAAGUUUCCGCGUCACCAAACCAUGGCAGCAGCUCCGGACGCCCCCUGCCUGUCGGAGCUCGUCGGACUCCCCAACCGGAACAUCAGCCUCGUCUCCGGCACCCAACCCUGCAACCAGAGCACCGCCAGGACCGCGCCUUACACCCCGCAAGCCACCGCAGCCUUCGCCAUCGCCAUCACCUGCAUGAUGAUCCUCACCAUCGUCGGGAACAUCCUGGUCAUCAUCGCCGUCCUGACGUCCCGAUCCCUUAAGGGAGCUCAGAACCUGUUCCUGGUGUCGCUGGCUGCAGCAGAUAUUUUAGUUGCCACGCUUAUUAUCCCGUUCUCAUUGGCUAACGAGCUGCAGGGCUACUGGGCGUUCAGCUCCCUUUGGUGUGAGAUCUACCUGGCGCUGGAUGUUCUCUUCUGCACCUCCUCCAUCGUGCACCUGUGCGCCAUAGCGCUGGAUCGCUACCUGUCGAUCUCUCGGCCUGUGUCCUACGGAACCAAACGCACCCCGAUACGGAUCAAGGCGGCCAUCAUCGUAGUCUGGCUGAUCUCUGCGGUCAUCUCUUUCCCUCCUCUUCUCACCCUGGACAAGAGCGAAGGAGGCGAAGAGGUGUGCGAGCUAAACGACGAGCGCUGGUAUAUUCUCUACUCCACCAUCGGAUCUUUCUUCGCCCCCUGUGUGAUAAUGAUCCUGGUGUAUGUGAGGAUUUAUCAGAUUGCGAAGCAGCACACACGCUGCCCGCCCGGACAGAAGAAUAUAGCGACAGCAGGAGGAAAUGCAAGCGCGGGAACCAAUGAGCCUCCGGCAAUAAUAUCUGAGCAGUCACAACAGAAUGGGGAUCAAGGAGGUAUGACAGCUGGCCAACAACAAAAAGGCCUGGCCAAAAUGUCUGGCUCUGAAUCAACUCCGUCAUCAUUUCAAAACCCGCCUGAGAAAACCGCGAGCCAGGACAAUCGGCACCCUGCUAAUUCGAGUAACGUUCCAGUCCAAAAAUCCACCUCCUCCCCUUCAAUCCCUCAACAUGGCAGCCAAGUCCUCUCAGCUGUUCCCCACAAAGAGUCCCAGACGCGUCCAAACGAAGGAGGGGAAGCACCCCCCGAGAACUCAUCGAGCUCUGGCUCAGAAAUGUGCGAGGACGGUGUUAACAGCAAAGAAGAGACGAACAAGGUUGACAAGCAAACUUUGGGAUUGUCCCAAAGGAAAGGGUUCAAAGUUCAGAUGCUGAACCUGGCAUGUAGAUACAAAAACACAAUGGCCACAUCAUCUGGCUCAACCAAACCGGAGGAAACGCCAAAGUUUGAGGGGACGCCCACAUCCCGCCGCAAAGCCAUGGCUAACAGGGAGAAGAGGUUCACCUUCGUCCUGGCUGUCGUGAUGGGAGGCUUUGUGAUCUGCUGGUUCCCCUUCUUUUUCUCCUACUCUCUGCAGGCAGUGUGCCCCGAGAUUUGCAGCAUCCCCAAACCUUUGUUUAAAUUCUUCUUUUGGAUCGGCUACUGCAACUCCUGCCUCAACCCGGUCAUUUACACCAUCUUCAACAACGAUUUCAGGAAGGCCUUCAAGAAGAUUCUCUACAGUGCCACAAAGGGUACGUUCUUCUAGAAAGGAAAGGAUUAUGUUGUGCUGCUGGCGGACAGAAAGACGUUUUAUCUUAACAUAGAAAAAAAUGAUUUGUUUCUUUCUGUAUUUGAUAUGGGAUUGACCUUUCUUCAGCAUCGACAUAAACACUUGUACAUUAAGGAGGAAAUUGCAUCCGUGGUGUCCUCCGUGUAUGUGUCUGAAAGCUGUUAUUUAUGUCAGAGCAGGGUCGACAAAGAGGGAGAUUUCAGAAAGCCGUGGUCAAGUGGCCGAAUCAUUUAUCUUUAAUGUUAUUUAAGAAUACGGCGUAAUUGAAUAUUCACUGACUCUUGAAGAAGAAUGAUUUGAUUAUAUUUUGAAAUCGGAAGUCAAGAGGAUACAGGGUCUGUGUUCAGUAAUUUAAAUCUGUAACGAUGUGUUUUGUUUAGGUCUGUGUGUGAGUGUGUGUAUGUGAGUAGAGGAGGGUUGCCUAAGGGUCAAACUGGAAGAGAACAAAUAUCACUAAGUGUCCUUUAUCGGAGAUAAAAUGGGCACUUAAGGAACACAAGAUCAGGGAAAAUGUGAGUAUCCUCCCUCUGUGCCUCUUCCCCUUCCAACAUGUAAAGCUGUAACAUUACGGGGCGUGUACGUUAUGACGAAUAGAGACUUUAUUCCCAAGUCUCUGUGAACCGCUGGAUGAUACACCUCUCUCUGGGAAUCUCUUCACUAAGGUGAUAGCCGGAGGCUUUGACAGGGAAAAAAUAGAGCGAGAGAAUCGGCAGAGGCCGAAAGAUGAAAGGUGCAAACUCUACAUGUUAAUGGGAUACGAGCUGAGCUGUUUGCUUCCCCCCACUUCUUUUCAUCUUUUCUCCCCUUUAAUGUUUUUCUUGUCGGUCCUGUAAACUAAAAGGGGGAGUCAGUGCAUUUACUCAACUGUACUGUCCUUAAAAUUCUAGUUACUUUGCUUGAAUAUUUCCAUUUUAUGCGUCUUUGUACUUCUCCACUGCAUCUUAUAAACGAAUGUAAGUUUUUUACUCCACUACAUUUGUCUGACAGCUUUAGUUACUUUUCAGAUGCCAGUGUUUCUUCCCCUUCCUGUCCAGUGAAAACCGCGUAUCUCCAGAUGGGUUGAUGUUGAAUGUUGGUGAUAAAAUUGAAGGAGUACGUCCAGUCUCAAAAGCCACUAGAGCAUUAAAAACUUGAAAAAUCCCUUUUAAAGUACAUUUAGAACAGAUGAAAAAUGGGCGAUUAAUUUGCGAUUAAUCACGCGUUAACUAUGGACAAUCAUGGGAUUAAUCCCGAUUAAGUAUUUAAACCGAUUGACAGCCCUAUGAAAAACAAAGACAAGCAGCAAACCAUUGGAAGUCUAAAGCCUCAAAGUGGCUAUUAUCAAUAGUUUUUGUUAAUGUUUCAAAUGACAGAGAAUUAUCACCUAAAUCUGCAGCUACUUUUCGUUGCAGGUGACAGUUUUUAAUCCCCUUCCUGUCCAGCGAAAACCCCUCUCCAAAGUUUGUGAUGAAC